AUGUCAGCAGACCCGCCGGACUACAUGGGGUCCCGUAGCGGUGCCCUUGCAGUUUUGGGCUCCAGGGUGGGAUACUUGGAUAAGGAGGAAGGGAAGGACUGCGUGGAGAAGACCUGGAUCACCACAAAGCUGGCGACAGCCGUGGGGCUGGUUGGCUCAGCCGUUCACAUCGCAGCUUUCCAGCCAGACUGCAAUUCAGGCUGUACAGAGAAGUGUCUCCCCUUCCUCCCGCGCAGGCUUGUGAGGCACCCCGAUGACCCGUUGAAUUAUUUCUUUGGCAGCUGUGCGUCUGGGAUCUUCCUUGGAGUCCGAACUCACAGCUACAUGACUGGCACCACAGCCUGCCUGGGACUGGGUGUACUAGCAGCCCUCACCAAGGUUGGGAAGAAGGAAGGCUGGAGAAUAUCAGGAGCUCCCAGGCUUUAAACUCUCACACUGAGCCACGCAGUCCUCGCAUAACCUUGUACAUUGCUAAAAUAUCUCUUGUUAAAUAAAAUACAAAAACAAAUCUA